CCGCCAUAUUCACCGCUGGAAGAAAUACGUGUUGCUAACGAGAAUCAACCCAACCCCCCCCACCCCCAAACCCAAACGUGGUGAACGUAGACACAUUUCACAAUGGAUGUCUCGAGACCCAUUGCAUUCGCCGAACACCUCCAACUAACAGCACUUGGCAUUCAGCCGGCGUCCAUUAGUUUUCAAAAUCUGACUCUUGAGUCUGACCACUUUAUCUGUGUGCGAGAGAAAGUGGGAGAACAGGGACAAGUUGUUAUCAUCGACCUUGCUGACGCCAACAAUGUCAUGCGACGACCUAUCACGGCUGAGUCGGCCAUUAUGCACCCCAAACAGAAAAUAAUUGCACUGAAAGCACAACGUCAAUUGCAAAUUUUCAACAUUGAGACAAAGUCCAAGGUCAAAUCUCACCUAGCCACGGAAGAUAUUGUCUUUUGGAAGUGGGUUUCGGACACAACAAUAGGUCUCGUUACUGAGACUUCGGUCCUCCACUGGUCCAUUUCGGACGCGACCUCAGCACCCGUCAAGAUUUUUGACCGUCACGCAUCACUUGCUGGCUCCCAAAUCAUCAACUACCGUGUAUCUGCUGAUGACAAGUGGUGUGUUCUCAUUGGUAUUUCACCGAACUCGGCGGAUCCGCAAAUUUUCAAAGUCAAGGGCUCGAUGCAGCUGUUUAGCCGAGACCGUGGCGUCAGCCAGCCGAUAGAUGGACAUGCUGGUACCUUCGCUGAGAUAAAGUUGGACGGUGCUCCGGCUCCUUACAAGCUGUUUACCUUUUCUGUUCGCACUCCGACAGGUGCUAAGCUUCAAAUUGCUGAAAUUGAUCACCAAGCUGCAAACCCUGUCUUUACCAAGAAGGCUGUUGAGGUUUUCUUCCCUCCAGAAGCCCAGAACGACUUCCCUGUUGCCAUGCAAGUAUCCAAGAAGCAUGGUAUCAUUUUCCUUGUCACCAAAUACGGUUUCAUUCACCUAUAUGAUCUCGAAACUGGCACAUGCGUCUACAUGAACCGUAUCAGCGGCGAAACUGUCUUCGUUACUGCAGAACAUGAGGCCACUAACGGUAUUAUCGGGGUUAAUAAGAAGGGCCAGGUGUUGAGUGUGAGCGUUGACGAGCAGACCGUCAUCCCUUACAUUCUUACCGUUCUGAACAACACCGAGCUGGCGGUCAAAUUAGCUAGCCGGGCAAAUUUACCUGGUGCUGACGAGCUGUACGUUAAGCAGUAUCAGCAGCUUUUCGCUUCCGGCCAAUAUAGUGAAGCUGCCAAGAUUGCGGCCAACUCGCCAAGAGGCAUUCUUCGUACACCGCAAACCAUAGAGCAAUUCAAGCAAGUUCCUGUUCAACCAGGCACUCUUUCGCCCAUACUUCAGUAUUUUGGUAUUUUACUCGAGAAGGGUGAGCUUAACAAGCAUGAGUCACUUGAAUUGGCGCGCCCUGUUCUUGCCCAGGGCCGUAAGCAACUGCUUGAGAAAUGGCUCAAAGAGAAUAAGCUUGAAUGCACAGAAGAACUUGGCGACAUUGUUCGCUUACACGACAUGACCCUCGCUCUCUCGGUAUAUCUUCGCGCCAACGUCCCCAAUAAGGUCGUCGCAUGCUUCGCCGAGACGGGCCAAUACGACAAGAUUCUAUUGUACGCGAAGAAAGUCGGCUACCACCCUGAUUAUGCCGCGCUUCUUCAGCACAUUAUGCGAGCGAACCCUGAGAAGGGUGCCGAGUUUGCAGCCCAGCUCGUAAACGAUGAGAAUGGGCCCCUUGUAGAUAUCGAACGCGUCGUAGACAUCUUCAUGUCACAGAACCUUAUUCAACCCGCCACGUCCUUCCUCCUCGACGCCCUCAAAGAUAAUAAGCCUGAGCAGGGUCAUCUUCAGACUCGUCUCCUCGAGAUGAAUUUAGUUCAUGCUCCACAGGUGGCGGAUGCUAUUCUCGGAAAUGAGAUGCUCAGCCAUUACGACCGACCACGUAUUGCCAACUUGUGCGAGAAGGCCGGCUUAUUGCAGCGUGCUCUCGAACAUUACGAGGAUCUGGCCGAUAUCAAGCGUGUCAUCGUUCACGCUAAGAUUCUCAGUUCGGAUUGGGUUGUCAAUUACUUUAGUCGACUCACCACCGAUCAGUCGUUUGCUUGUAUGAACGAGAUGCUUCGGAUCAAUAUGCGCGAAAACCUUCAGGUGGUGGUUCAGAUCGCAACCAAGUAUUCCGACAUUCUUGGUCCAGUCAAACUCAUCGAGUUAUUCGAGUCGUAUAAGAGCUUCGAGGGGCUAUAUUACUACCUUGGCUCGGUCGUAAAUCUCAGUCAAGACUCCGAGGUUCACUUCAAGUACAUCCAGGCCGCUACUCGGACGGGCCAGAUCCGCGAGGUUGAACGGAUCUGCCGUGAGAGCAAUUACUACAAUCCAGAAAAAGUCAAGAAUUUCCUCAAGGAGGCGAAACUUUCCGAUCAACUCCCACUUAUCAUCGUCUGCGAUCGCUUCGACUUUGUGCACGAUCUUGUUCUUUAUCUUUAUCAAAAUGGAUUGGUCAAGUUUAUCGAGGUUUAUGUUCAGCGCGUCAACGCGGCCCGCACGCCUCAGGUUGUGGGUGGCCUCCUGGACGUUGACUGCGACGAAGCAACUAUCAAAAGCCUUCUCGCCUCCGUUAUCGGGAUUUUCCCCAUCGAUGAGCUCGUCGAGGAAGUUGAGAAACGUAAUCGCCUCAAGCUUAUUCAGCCUUGGGUUGAGUCGCGCAUCGCCAGUGGACAACAAGAUCCGCCGCUGUACAACGCGUUAGCGAAGAUUUAUAUCGACAGCAACAACAACCCCGAAGCUUUCCUUAAGGAAAAUAAUUUAUACGAGCCCUUGGUUGUUGGUAAAUACUGCGAGGCCCGUGAUCCGUACCUUGCGUACAUCGCCUAUGCAAAAGGCUUCUGUGAUGAGGAGCUCAUCGGCAUCACGAAUGCUAAUUCCAUGUUCAAACAUCAAGCUCGCUACUUGGUGAAGCGUUGUCGUCUCGAGCUUUGGGCUCAGGUACUCGUCCCCAGCAAUGACCAUCGUCGUCAGCUCAUUGACCAGGUUACCGCUGUCGCCAUCCCCGAGGCCACUGAUCCGGAUGAUGUGUCGGCGACUGUCAAGGCGUUCAUGGCCGCCGAUCUUCCCAUCGAACUGAUCGAGAUGCUGGAGAAGAUCGUCAUUGAAUCCUCACCUUUCAGCGAAAACAAGAACCUCCAAAAUCUUUUACUCCUCACUGCCAUCCGCUCCCAUAGGGCUAAGGUGGAUGGCUACAUCCACAAACUCGCCAACUACGACCACUUGGAUAUCGCCCGCAUUGCGACUGACAAUGGUUUAUACGAAGAAGCGUUUACCAUUUAUAAGAAGUAUAAUGAACAUGCCCUGGCUAUGAACAUAUUGGUAGAACAUAUCGUUGACCAACCUGCUGUCUGGGCGCGGCUCGCCAAGGCUCAGCUCGAUGGAUUGCGCAUCAAGGAUUCGAUUGACUCGUACAUCAAGGCUGGCGAUCCCUCCAACUUCCUUGAGGUAAUUGAGAUCGCCAAUCGUGCUGGCAAGCAAGACGACCUCGUCCGCUAUCUCCAAAUGGCGCGCAAAACUCUUCGUGAACCGAAGCUCGACACCGAGUUGGCGUAUGCAUAUGCCAAGACGGAUCGUCUCCAUGACAUGGAAGAUUUCCUUGGCAUGACGAAUGUGGCCGACAUUUUGGAUGUCGGAGAGAAAUGCUUCAACGAUGAGCUUUACCAAGCUGCGAAAUUAUUGUUCAGCAGCAUUUCGAACUGGGCUCGUUUGGCGACAACACUCAUAUAUCUCGGUGAGUAUCAGGCGGCAGUUGAAAGUGCUCGCAAGGCUGGCAACACAGAGGUGUGGAAGCAAGUUCACAGAGCUUGUGUUGAGAAGACUGAGUUCCGUUUGGCAUCGUUGCUCAUCUGCCUACCAUAUCAGGAGGAAUUGUCUGCUGUCCUGAAGCUCUACGAACAUAAUGGAUAUUUCAACGAAGUCCUGUCGCUGCUUGAAGGUGGUCUCAGUCUCGAGAGAGCACAUAUGGGUAUUUUCACAGAGCUAGCCAUCCUAUAUUCUAAAUAUCGCCCAGAGAAAUUGAUGGAGCAUCUCAAACUCUUUGCCUCUCGGAUCAACAUCCCCAAGGCGAUCAAGGCUGCGGAGAAAGCCCAUUUGUGGCCCGAACUUGUGUUUUUAUACGUCAAAUAUGAUGAAUUCGAUAACGCUUGUUUGUCAAUGAUGGAGCGUGCAGCGGAUGCUUGGGAACAUAACCAGUUCAAAGAAGUCAUCGUCAAAGUUGCAAACAUCGAAAUGUACGCUCUCUCCUUUUAUCUCGGAGAGCAACCCAUGUUGCUCAAUGACCUCCUCGGCGUUCUGAUCCCUCGAAUUGACCAUUCCCGUGUUGUCCGCAUGUUCAGCACCAAGGAGAAUGACAAUCUUCCCCUCAUCAAGCCUUACCUUAUCUCCAUUCAACACCUGAACAUUGAAGCCGUCAAUGAAGCCUACAACAACGUGCUGAUAGAAGAGGAAGAUUACGACACUCUCCGUGAUUCGAUAGACAGCUUUGACCGUUAUGAUUCCGUCGCCCUUGCUAAGAGGCUAGAGCAGCACGAGCUACUCGAGUUCAGAAGACUGGCGGCACAUCUUUAUAAGAAAAACAAGCGAUGGGAUAUAUCGAUUACAUCGUCGAAGCAGGACAAACUUUUCAAAGAUGCCAUUAUCACCGCAGCUGCGUCGGGCUCAACCGAGGUCGCCGAGGAUCUAUUGUCAUAUUUCGUUGACAUCGGAAACAAGGAGUGCUUUGCCGCUAUGCUUUACGUCUGCUUCAAUUUGUUACGUCCUGACGUCGUUAUGGACCUAUCUUGGCAACAUGGCCUCAACGACUUUUAUAUGCCCUAUAAGGUUCAAUCCGAACGUACCCUAAAUGAGAAGAUAACUCAGCUCGAAAGAGAGGUCAAGGAGCGGACCAAGAGGGAAACCCAGAAGGAACAAGCGGAAGCUGAGAUGCCGAUAAUUGCUCCUGGCGGGAUUCUACGGAUCACACAAGGUGGCGAGUUUGGCUCCAGUCUUGGUGCAGGUGUGACCCCUCUGUACGCUAACGGAACAGGGUUACCCUCACUCCCCACUGGCUUCGGUUUCUAAUUUCGAUUAUCUUUAACAUUUCUCUUCCAGACUUGCAUUUUACACUAUCCCCCUUCAUCAUUUGCAUGUAAUAUUCAUACAUUUACCGGGCCAAGUCUAUGCUAGUGUACCCGUUUCACGUUUCUGUACUCCCAGCUUUGCCCUUACGUUUCAUUUCUCAUCGUCUGGAAGGAUCAGAGAGACCAGCAUUGUCAAUCACCUCGAUCUCCUCCUGAGUCAGGGCAG